AUGCGGCUGCGGGUGGCGGCGGGCGGUCCCGCCGCGCUGAAGGUGCUGGCGGCUGCCGGGGCCGCCGCCGCCCCGGUGCGGCUCCGGCCCCUCGCCCCGCUGAGCCCCCCGUGGGUGCCCGUCCUGGAGCUGGACAGCGGCACCGUCCUCUUCUCCCCCAACGCCAUCUGCCAGUUCUUCUUCCUGGCCCGCGGGGAGGAGCCCACCGACCUCACCAACCAGUGGCUGGAGUGGGAGGCCACGGAGCUGCAGCCAGCUGCCUCAGCUGCCCUGUACGCUCAGCUGGUGCACGGCAAGAAGGGGCUGGAGGCAGCGGAGGCCCUGGGGAAGCUGCUGGCCCACAUAGAGCAGAACUUGUCCAGGAGAGGCACAGCCUACCUUGCUGGGAACACCGAGUCAGUGGCUGAUGUGGUUGUGUGGGGUACCUUGUUCCCUGUCCUCCGGGAUGAGACCAGCCUACCAAGUGAGCUGCAGGCGCUGAGGACCUGGUUCCGGAGCAUGACGCUCUCAGAGGCCUGCAGGAAAGCUGCUGACUCCGUUCUGAUGCCCAAGGCGCUGCUGGAGUUCAAGGCCUACCUGCAGAAACAGCCUCCGCCCUGCCUGGCCGUGGAGAAAGCCACCAGUAACGAGCCCGAGGAAGAAGAAGGUUCUGAGCGUGCCCUGACGGAGGAGGAAAUCACAGCUGCUGUGGAUGCCUGGGCCCGCGGUGCUGCGGCACUGCCCAAGCCCUGGCAGCCUCAGAAACCUGUGCUACCCGUGGAGGGCAUGAGGAAUGUCCUGAUCACCAGCGCUCUACCCUAUGUGAACAAUGUGCCCCACCUUGGCAACAUCAUUGGCUGUGUCCUCAGUGCUGACACCUUUGCCAGGUACUGCCGCCUGCGGAACUGGAACACGCUGUAUGUGUGCGGCACGGAUGAGUACGGCACAGCCACUGAGACCAAGGCAGUGGAAGAGGGGCUGACGCCCCAGGAGAUCUGCAACAAGUACAACGCCAUCCAUGCUGACAUCUACCGCUGGUUCGACAUCUCCUUCGACUACUUUGGCCGCACCACCACGCCGUACCAGACCACGAUUGCCCAGGACAUCUUCCAGCGCCUCCUGGCACGUGGUUUCCUGCUGCAAGACACUGUGGAGCAGCUGCGAUGUGAGGACUGCCAGCGGUUCCUGGCUGACCGCUUUGUAGAGGGCACUUGCCCCUUCUGCAGCUAUGAGGAGGCCCGGGGGGACCAAUGUGAUAAAUGUGGCAAACUCAUCAAUGCUGUGGAGCUGAAGAAUCCGCAGUGCAAGCUCUGCAGGGGUGUCCCUGUGGUGAAACCCACACAGCACCUCUUUCUAGACCUGCCCAAGCUGGAGGAGCGGCUGGAGCCCUGGCUGGAGCAGUCCUGGGCCACAGGGGACUGGACAGCCAACGCUCGCUACAUCACUCGCUCCUGGAUCCGGGAUGGGCUCAAACCCCGCUGCAUCACUCGUGACCUGAAGUGGGGCACACCCGUGCCCCUUGAUGGCUUCCGUGACAAGGUUUUUUACGUGUGGUUUGACGCUCCCAUUGGCUACUUGUCCAUUACGGCCAACUACACCGACCAGUGGGAGAGGUGGUGGAAGAACCCACAGCAGGUUGAGCUCUACAACUUCAUGGCUAAGGACAACGUGCCGUUCCACAGCGUCAUAUUCCCCUGCUCGCUUCUGGGCGCUGACGACAACUACACCCUGGUGAACCACCUCAUUGCUACAGAGUACCUGAACUAUGAGGAUGGGAAGUUUUCCAAGAGCCGGGGUGUGGGAGUGUUUGGGGACAUGGCCAAGGACACAGGCAUCCCUGCGGACAUCUGGCGCUUCUACCUGCUGUACCUGCGGCCCGAAGGGCAGGACAGUGCCUUCUCCUGGAGCGACCUCAUGCUCAAGAACAACUCUGAGCUGCUGAACAACCUGGGCAACUUCAUCAACAGAGCUGGCAUGUUUGUGUGUAAGUUCUUUGGCGGCACUGUCCCCAACAUGGUCCUGACACCAGAUGACAAGCGGCUCUUGGCCCGUGUCACCCUGGAGCUGCGCCAGUACCACCAGCUGCUGGAGAAAGUCCGCAUCCGCGAUGCCCUGAGGUGUAUCCUUAGCAUCUCUCGCCAUGGCAAUCAGUACAUCCAGGUGAAUGAGCCCUGGAAGCGGAUCAAGGGAGAUGAAAAGGACAGGCAGCGUGCAGGCACAGUGACCGGUGUGGCAGUGAACAUGGCUUCCAUGCUGGCUGUGCUGUUACAGCCCUACAUGCCCAGCAUCAGCUUGGCCAUCCAGGGGCAGCUCUGCAUCCCCCCGGACUGCUUUGUCCUGAGCCAUGACUUCACCUGCACCCUACCCCCUGGGCAUCGCGUGGGCACCGUGAGCCCCCUUUUCCAGAAGCUGGAGAACGACCAGGUUGAAGCCCUACGCAAGCGCUUUGGGGGAGGGCAGCCGGAAGACCUUGCUGUAGCGCCCCAGGCCAGACAGACCCCUGCAGCCUCAGAACCCCCUCCAGCCCCAGCGACCCUCAUGGCUCCAGGUGACCCCCAGUUGAUCCAGAAGCUGACAGAGGAGGUGGCCAAGCAGGGCAACCAUGUGCGGCAGCUGAAGGCCAACAAGGCAGAGAAGGCCCAGGUCGAUACAGAGGUAGCCAAGCUGCUGGAGCUGAAGAAACAGCUGGCACUAGCAGAGGGCAAGAACCCUGAAGUACCUGUGCCCAAGGGAAAGCGGAAGAAGUAGCACCUGGGUCCUCUGUGCUAAGGAGCAGCUCCAGUGCUACCCAGAGACCAGACUGGGCUGUGCUGGUGCUUAUGUGGGUGUAAUAAAAUGCAAAAACUACACAAUCACAU